UCUUUUUUCUGUGUUUUCUUUUUUCUUUCCACAUUACAGGUUGUUCAAGUAACUGAUGGUUUUCCCCCUAUGUUUCUGGAUCGAUUUUAAUCGUGUUUAGUUUUUGUUCAUUGCCUGAUCGUUUCGUUUGAUGAUUCUGCUUAUUGCGUUCGGUUAUUUUCGCGGUUUCUACUAUCUCCAGUCGGAAAGUUCCAGAAGAAUAAAUUAUUUUUUAAAAAUACUUUUAUUAAUCGGCGUAAUGUUUUAGUGGUUGUUAGUGAUUAAGUUGAACCUUCAGUAGUCUUUUUUUCCUUGUCUGAUGUUUAAGAAAACUUUAAAUUUAGUGUAUUUUAACGACACUCACCGAAAACAGAACGGACACUGAUUUUUAUAUUUUAGUAGUUGUAUUAUGGUUUUAUAAACCAUUAUCCGCCAUUUCACUCGUAUCCUAGGGGGAAAUUUGCUGUCUAGUGUUCUUGCGUUUGAGAAACUGAAAAUUCUCUGUGAUUCUACUUCUCUUUAAAUGUGAAAUUAUGGGCAGUUUUCCUUUUGAGGGAAGAUCAGAAACUGAAUGUGUAUCGACACUUGUUGAAUUUUAAGUUCAUUUCUAAUUAAAUUUGACCUUUAAACUGUUCAAUGUUGUAAUGGAAUGAAGUGCAAAAUGGGAAGAUUGUAAAAUUGAAACUGGAGUUAAGUGCAAAAUUAAUAUUAAUAUUGUUUUGUUAAAUAGCAAAGGAAAAAAUGCAAAUCAUGGAGCCUAUUAUAUGUUUUUUCCCCACUGUAACAGUAUAUUAUAGAGAAGAUAUUCCGUAUCCAUGGAGUCUUAUGGUAAGCACAAAUAUGCUGCUGGAAGAGAUCCGGAUUUUGGUGCAAUUUUUAUGACAAGUAGGGCAACACUGCGAGAAUGUUUCCAAAGAAGAUUGUUUGGCCUCCCAUCUAGUCAGAUGCCAUUUGUAAAACAGGUUAAAGCAGGAAUGCUUUUAUUUCUGUUUGACUAUGAUAACAGAGAGCUGUAUGGUGUAUAUAAGUCAUCUAGUGAUGGUGCCAUGAAUAUUGUGCCUAGUGCAUUCAGUUCAUCAGGGAGGCAAUUUCCUGCUCAGGUUGAAUUUAGUCCAAUUUGGGACUGUAAGCCACUCAAAGAAAGUAAAUUUCGGGAUGCAAUCAGAGAAAAUUACUUUUCAGCAAAAAAGUUCCACAUGGGGCUAUCGGAAAAACAGGUUCAUAGACUUCUAGAUUUGUUUAGCAAGAGAAAGCUUCCUGGGAGACAAGUGAAACCUGAUCAUUAUCCUGUGGGUAAAGUUGGAAGAUCCGUUGGCGGUCGCAUGCAUGCAGAAAUAGUUAAAAAUGAGCAAGAUGUAGUUGCUAGCACUUUACCAUUGACAAUGCAUAAUUACAAAAGAGAUUCAUUCCAUUACACUGGAGAAGUUGAUGAUGAAGAACAUUCUAUAAGCAUGCAGCUCAGGCCAGCUAUUUCAGGUGGUCUAUCUGGAAACUUUCCUGGUGCAGCCACAGUUCAUGAUGAUAUGUUACAUGUGAGUGAGAGGCUAUUGAGUGACCACAAAACAACACAUGGUCAGAGAUUUUUGGAUGAUACUUCUAGUUUACAUAAUUCCAAUGUCAGUUCGUUUUUCUUUUCAAGUAAUCCUGUGUUAGAUCCUGAUUCUCUGGUUCAAAAUCAACUCGUGGCAACUUCUGCUAUGCCUCACCUGAUCCACGCACCCAUCUCAGACAAAUUUUGCGUAGCACAAGGAAAUUUAAGUUCCAAGAGCAUCCUUCUCUAUGAUCCUGAUGCCCCUGCUUCUAAUACUAGGCAGCCAUCAUCUGUUAGGAUUAGUAUUAAUGAUAGUUCUAAGCCAAUGGGAGUAAGUGCUUCUCCAUCAAACAAUUAUAGAAGAAAUAUCAUGUGUUCUCUGGAUGAUCAGCUAUCUUACGCUCAUGCAGAGCUGAAAGACGCAAACCAAUCUCAAGGUUGCAGUUAUGGCCUUAAUAACCCUGUUUCAUUUGAAAGUAACUUAACUAGCAUGACCUUAUGUGCAGCUCAGAAUUCUGAACGGCUUGCAACUAAACCUGUUGAAUAUGAAGAUUUUGACAGCUCUCCUUUUAAGUCAUCAUCGGGUCUCUUCCCUCAUUUGGGUAUUGGAAACAGUGGCUGGAGUUCUGAGCCAUAUGCUUCCUUGUGUGACAAGUACAAUACACAUUCAAGCAAUGAUUAUUGCCCCAUGGCAUUGCAAGAAAACCUGGGUCAUGAUGAAAUGACAUUGCAGAAGAACAGUGAAACAUUUUCUGCUAUGCCUUGGGGAAAUGAGGGUCAUUCUCAAAGCCAAUAUGAUGAUCCAUUAUUAAAUGAACAUGAUCAUGAUUUUGAAUGUUAUGUAAAUUCUGGAAGUCCUUAUUCUGGUUAUAAGAACAAAACUAGUGUAUUUUCUCGGUUAUGUUUUGUGCAUCCUUUUAACAACAAAAAAUAUGGAAGCAAUCACAGCCACAGGGGAUAUGAUGUCUCCUUGGAUUCGGUGGAUGAAGUAAUGGACAUGGUUCGACAGAGUCGCAACCAUCGGGGGAUCAAAAGAAAGAUUAACCCAUGGGUUAAGGUCGACAAAGCUGAAAGUAUGGGGGAUAGAAAAAUCAGAAGCUCAGGGUCAUCAAAAGCUUCCUCUGGGAACAGCUUGGAUGAUACGAGUAUGGGUGUCAUGAUUGCAGCAGGUGACAGUGAAAUUAAUCAAAUAGAUGAAGGUACACGUUUUGUGGAUUUCAAGCGCCGCAGUCAGGUACGGAGGAAUAAUGAAAUUCAGAUUAGAGGCUCUGAUGAGAAUGUAAGGAGUGAUGACUUACGGACUGUGCAGCAAAAGAAAAGAAGGUUGAUCCGUCCAAAUUUUAGUAAGGGCCCAACUCCUGGUGACAAGAAGGACAUCAGUCUUGGUUCUUCUCAAAAUUUACAAGCAUCUUUGUCACUUCAAAAUUUGGAGCCCAAGGGUGAUAGUAAAAGCUGUGAGGUUGUGAUUCGAACUGAGGAAAACCUCAAAAUAGAUUGUAAAGAGCUGAAUUUGGUUUCUCAAAAACAUUUUAGAGACACAAGUGAUCAGGCUAGGGGUGUGAACUCUGAAGAAGGAAACCAAAGAGAAGGGCAGUCACUACAUAAGACAGGAUUAAAUGACGGGUCAGACGGUCCAGAGCAUAUACACAUCCAUCAUGCUUCCUCUUCAGCCUUUUGUGAAGGCAGGGGUUUUCAUGACAAGGAAGGUUCAUGCGUCAAGGAUGACAUAAAACCUAUAUUUUCAGACACCGAAUUACGACAUUCAAUUUGUCAACCACACAACAAAGAAAAAGUCAUAGGUGCUAGCGGAUACAUUAACACUGGAGAAGGAACUUUACUAGAUGGCCAGCAGCUCCUUCCUCCUGAAGUUGAAGGUGUACCUGAAUUUGAAAAGAACUCUGAUAAUGAACCUGCUUCAAAUUUGACUUGUGAAAAGAGCAACUGUAAUAUUGAGAAGGGCUCAAAUAUGAAACAUGAAUCCCAAGAAGCCAGUGGAGUAGCAGACAGUUCUGAUGGCAAGCAGCUCCUUCCUACUGAAGUUGAAGAUGCACCUGAAUAUGAAAAGAACUCUAAUAAUGAAGGUGUGUCAAAUUUGACUUGCAAAAAGAGGAACUCUAAUGUUGAGAAGGGCUCAAAUAUGAAUCAUGAAUCCCAAGAAGCCAGUGGCGUAGCAGAAAGUUCAGAUGGCAAGCAGCUUCUUUCUGAAGUUGAAGAGGUACCUGAAUCUGAAAAGAACUUUGUUAAUGAGAAUGCUUCAAAUUUGACCUAUGAAAAGAGGAAUUCUAAUAUUGAGAAGGGCUCAAGUAUGAAUCGUGCAUCCCAAGAAACCAGUGGUGUAGCAGAAUGUUCAGAACUAUGCAAAGAUGGUUUUGAAAAUAAGAAAGGCGCAUCUUUCCAUGUCUAAGAACGUUGACAUGCCUCCCUGUUACUUUGGAGAAGCUGCUAUUGGGGGAUAGAAUGUUGGACUUCAGUAAUAGCGUUUAACUUUAGUGGGAAUUAGCGUCGAUGUGGGCAGGCAGGUUAGGGAAAGAAAGAAGAAUAAUUUUUGUUUUGGGAGCUUUCUUCUGUCCCAAGAAUUUACGGUGCGUGAUGGAGGCAUUGCCUGCAAACACGAUAUACCUUUGGAAAGAGGGGGAAUGGUCGAUUGGUUUAGGUUGGUCUUCCUUUUUUCUUUUUUUCUUUUUUUGUUGGGGGGGUUGGUUGAUGUAAAUGCGCACUGUCAAAGUCACUUGGAAAUGGGGUUUGCAUUGCAUGUGAAUACUAUCUUGUCUAGGACAUUCCAUGGAAGGUUAAUUCAUGGCGGUUGUUUCCCACUUCUGAAUUGGUUGUCUGUUAUGACUGUAGAUUCGGCGAGCUAACUGUGCUUAUCGAACAGAAUCUAUACUGUGAAGAAUGCGAUACAAAGUUAUAAAGUAGUGACUUCUCUGGUAUUA